AUGCGAGAAAAUGCUAUGGUAUUAUUAGUCAAUGUUGCUGGUUAUUUAGAACUAAUUCAGUUUGAUGAGUCAAUAGUACCUUCAGUUGAUCCUUUCCCAGGACAUCGAACUCUUAGUCCUCGUCGUUUAGCUCUUGAAGCUUUAAAUCGUCUUUGUGUACAUGAAACAAAUGUUGAUCUGCUAUUGUCAACACCUUCUGAUGAAAAAGUUCUUAGUAGAUUAUUUGAUAGACUUGCUACUUGGCUUGCUGUACCAGAAGAUCAAGUGACACGUGAAUUAGCUUUAUCUACAAUGCAUUAUCUUGCUGGUGGGGGUGCUACAUUUUCUAUCUCUUCUCUAUCUUCAAAUAUUGGAAAAGUUACUACUAAUGAAACAAAUUCAUCCUCAGGGACAUUUGUUGGUACGACUAUGCUUGCUGAUGCUAAACCUUGUCCUAUCUCUGGAUUAUUGUCAUUUAUUGAAGCGGCUGAAGCAACAACUAGGCGAGUUAUUGAUCAAUAUGGUGUACAAGCUCUACAAGAAAGACCAGAAUUAAUGGGAACAAGUUUAGAAAUGGUUCGUCGUGCAGGUGCACUACUUGGUAGACUAGCUGUCGAUUCUAAAGGUCGAUUAGCUUUUACACCGGAUUUGGAGCUACGUUUAAUGGAUCUAGUAACUUCACGUGUAUUAGAUGCUACUGUUGCGCAUCUUUUAUGCGGUGCGCUACAUCGUUUACUUCCAGAUCUUGAUCAAUUAGAUAAUAAUGUAAACAUUUCAACAAUUCCACCGAUCCCAACUCCUUCCGCUAUAGCAGAACUCUUAACACAGUCCUCAGUAAUAACUGUUGUACUGCAGAGACAGUGA